CGGUUACAUUUGUUCACUCCAUCCAGUCCUACCAGCCCGUCACAUGUGUGGUUGUCCGUCCUUUGUGGUUGACGGCUUGUAAAUUUACACAAAUAGUUAAAUAAACGGGAUGUAACUACAUCUGUCAUGUACUAAAAUGAUGGACUGAAUUUGGAGCUGGAACAUCAGGACAUUUUUCAGUAAACAACCUGAGCUGAGGGGUUUGUGUUUAGUAUGACGGGUCCAGUGCAGGAUUCUCACAGACUGUCCGUGAAAACAUGGACAGAAGAGGAGAGCGACAGAGCUGACAGCACACUGAGCAGAGGACAGUCGGUGUGUGAUGACACUUCCUCAGAGCUGCAGAGAAUGGCAGCCAUUGACAGGAGAGAUAUUAAUUCCCAGAAUUCCUUUCGUGGGCGAGGAGCUCUGUCCAGGAUCGUCGGUAUGGUGAUGACUCUGAGAGAAUGGGCUCAGAAGAGUUUGACUGAGGAGAAUGAGCGACCAGAUUCCUUCCUGGAGCGUUUCAGAGCCCCCCCUAACAUGGAUGUUCAGGCGCCACCCAGCAGGUUCAGCCACAGCCACACAGGCUCGGAUACAGAGAAUGAAAUCAGACGCUCCAGACGAACAAGGAGGAAGUGUACUAUUGUUGUCUUGUCCCCAUCUGAUGAUGCGUACUACAACUGGCUGAUGGUGAUUGGUGCUGCGGUUUUCUAUAACUGGACACUACUAGUUGUCAGAGCCUGUUUCGAUGAGCUCCAGAUGAGUAAUGUGCUGGUGUGGUUAGUGCUGGACUACGUCUGUGAUGGAGUCUACAUCCUGGAUAUCGUUGUUCGUCUCCACACAGGUUUCUUGGAUCAAGGCUUGAUGGUGAAAGAUGUGAGGCGUCUCAGAGAAACCUACAUUCGAACGUUACAGUGCCAACUUGACAUCUCCUCCAUCCUUCCAACUGACCUCCUGUACCUGACUGUUGGAACCAGCUACACUCCGCUCCUUCGAUUCAAUCGGCUGCUGCGCCUGCCACGUCUGUUUGAGUUCUUUGAACGUACAGAAACACGAACGGGUUACCCCAACGCAUUCCGCAUCUGUAAGUUGGUUCUCUACAUCUUGGUCAUCAUCCACUGGAAUGCUUGUGUUUACUACAGUUUCUCCAAACUCUUGGGACUCGGCUCUGAUUCAUGGGUUUAUCCUAAUGCAUCCGAUCCUGAGUUUGGCUCCCUGACCCGAAGUUACAUUUACUGUCUGUAUUGGUCAACCCUGACACUGACCACCAUUGGAGAAACACCUCCUCCUGUUAGAGAUGAGGAAUAUCUCUUCUUGAUAUUUGACUUCCUGGUUGGUGUCCUGAUUUUUGCCUCCAUUGUGGGUAAUGUUGGAUCCAUGAUCUCCAACAUGAACGCAACAAGAGCAACUUUUCAAACUCGUGUAGACACACUCAAACACUACAUGCACUUCAGACAUGUCAGUAAGGUGCUGGAGCAGCGUGUCAUUCGCUGGUUUGACUACCUCUGGACCAAUCAGAAAACAAUAGAUGAACAGGAAGUGCUCAGGAGCCUGCCCAACAAACUGAGGGCAGAGAUUGCUAUUAAUGUUCACCUGGACACACUGAAGAAGGUACGUAUUUUCCAGGAUUGUGAGGCAGGUCUGCUUGUAGAAUUGGUGUUGAAACUUCGACCGCAAGUUUUCAGUCCUGGAGACUACAUCUGCCGAAAGGGAGACGUGGGUAAGGAGAUGUACAUAAUUAAAGAAGGCCACCUGGCAGUGGUGGGGGAGGAUGGAGUCACCCAGUUUGCUGUUCUGACUUCAGGAAGCUGCUUUGGCGAAAUCAGCAUCUUGAACAUCAGCGGCAGCAAGAUGGGAAACAGACGUACAGCUAACAUUCGAAGUCUGGGAUACUCUGACCUGUUCUGUCUUUCCAAGCAAGACCUGAUGGAGGCGCUUCAGGAGUUUCCUCACGCCAGGGCCCAGCUGGAGCAGAGGGGGCGGGACAUCCUGCAGAAGGAGGGGCUUCUGGAGGAAGUGAACGUGUCUGCUGGGGAGGAGCUGGAGGAGAAGGUGGAGAGACUGGAAACCAGUCUGGAUCGACUGCAGACAUGUUUGGCCCGUCUGCAGAGUGAAUUUAACUCCUCACAGCUUCGUCUGAAACAGCGGCUCACAGCUCUGGAGCACAGCAUCACCACAGCAGCCACAGGAAGCGGCUUCCUGUCAGACGUCGACGGCAACGAGAGCGUUUCUGGAGACCCUCAUCGUGUGGUAACUGUAUAACUGCAGUCAUGUCCGCAAGUGAUUUAUUGGGACCAAAGUCCAACAUCACAUGACUCAAAGAUAUCAGGAAGCGACUUUUAAGGAACUCCAGGAAACUGUGCUGAAAAGAAAUGGAGAGCAGCUCUGUGUUGCUGUGCCUGAUGCUGGGAGCCAAUGUGGCAUCAGUGUCUGCUGCAGAGCCGGGUAUCAUACAUAGCUUACUGCUGGCCCUCCACCAGCGUCCCUGGCUCCUAGGUGUCUAUGUCUUCGCUGUUGGACUUCCCAUCAUUCUCUUCAUAAGCUUCAUGUGGCCUGAUAAGAGGUUUGGGCCUCCUGAUCAACCGUAUUACUAUAAGAAGUCUGAUGAUGCUCAACCAGAUGAUCCUGAGAUGUCACGUCUGAGUGAAUCGACCAAGAUCACAGGACCGGCUUCAAGACAAGAUGCUCCACCGGCUCACAAGAGGAAACAUAGGAAAACAGCCAAAUGAAAAACUAAAUACAUGAUGACAUUGCCUCAAUAAGUCUAACAAACAGAUUACCUAAAAUCUGAGCAGUCAGGUUUCAGCAUUUUAGAAAAUUGUAUAACGGGUAAUACUAUUAACACACGCUCACAUUACAAUAAAGUGGGAAACAUUUACAGAAAUAAAGGUUUUAAAUGCUGCAGUUAUCCUCAGAAACAGUCUUAAGUGAGAUUAUGAGAUAAUGUUGAGCAUUAUUAAGUCUUUUGUGUAGGAAAUUGAUGCUACCACCUGGUAGCUGUUGAUGUAAGCACUUAAAUCAGUCGUUCAGAGCUAAUAAAAACCUGAAUAUCACACAAAAUGAUUAUUUCAUUUAGAAUUUCAGGGCAUCACAGUGACCUCUGCUUAUACAGUCAAGGUCGAAAUUAUUCAUACCCCCAGUAAAUUAUAGCUUAAUGUUGCUUCUAAAAGUAAAUAAAAGCUGAGAAAUGAUUUUUCCACCAUGAUGCCUCUUGUACAUCAUCUUAUUGUCUUUUGGGGAACACGCGUGUCAUUUCCAAUCAAAAUAUAAACUUGCUGGUUGAAUAAAAGUAACUUUAAGUCAAAAUUUGCUAAGAGUAUGAAUAUUUGGGGCAAGUUUUUGCUAUAUGAUGACAAAAAAAGUCCAAAAACCCAACAAAAACAAGACAAAAUAUUGCACAA